CGUCCGUCACGCCUGGCCCUGCCCCGCUGGUCCCGCGGCCCAGCGCGAGCCCGCCGCCCCGCCACCCCACCCCGCGUCUGCACCCGCGUCGGAGCGCCGCGGCGACACCAUGUUCGGAAUGAUCAAGAACUCGCUGUUUGGGAGAGUAGAGACUUGGCCUUGGCAGGUCCUGAGCAAAGGGGUCAAGGGAGAGGUCUCCUACGAGGAGAGGACCUGUGAGGGCGGGAAGUUUGCCACAGUGGAAGUGACAGAUAAGCCUGUGGAUGAGGCUCUACGGGAAGCGAUGCCUAAAGUCAUGAAGUAUGUGGGAGGCACCAACGACAAGGGAAUCGGGAUGGGGAUGACAGUUCCUAUUUCCUUUGCCGUGUUCCCCAGUGCUGAAGGGUCCCUAGAGAAGAAAUUAAAAGUCUGGUUCCGGAUUCCAAACGCGUUUCAAAGCAACCCACCAGCUCCCAGCGAUGACAGCAUUAAGAUCGAAGACAGGGAAGGCAUCACUGUCUAUUCCAUGCAGUUUGGCGGUUAUGCCAAGGCAACGGACUACGAAGCUCAUGCCACCGAGCUGCGUACCGCCCUGGAGGGCACAGCCACCUACCGGAGUGACUUCUACUUCUGCACUGGGUAUGACCCUCCCAUGAAGCCCUACGGACGUCGCAAUGAGGUCUGGCUGGUGAAGAGCAAUGAAUAACUGGCUGAGCCAGAGCUCCCUGGAUGCCUGCGUCUGUGCCCACUUCCUCCAGGAAGGAGCGAAGCCCCCUGUGCAGCUUCUGCAGAACUGACCUUCCUUCAGAGCCAAUCAAUUACUGCCAAUUUCCUGAAAUAAGCACGUUCCUGAUGCUGACUCUUUUUCUCGUGGUGGGAAAUAAUGCACCCAUGAUACACACAUCCUUCUAAAUGAUUUAGAAAAUUCCAUGGUAGACCAGAAAAACCCAGCAGCAUUUUCCCACCUCUCUGGAUCCCUAAAAACUGAUUUUUAAAAAUAUUUUUGUUAUUGAGGAAGAAGUGUGAUUUACAUGUAAUCUUUCAUCUCUGAUUCUUAUGAGCUUUCUUUAAAAAGAAACCGAAAAUAAAGAUCUUUGACUUAAACA